CAGUAUGCUCCUCCUUCUGGACCGCCGCCGAGCCAUCAUGGUGGGGGUGAUUUUGCUCCUCCAUCUGGACCUCCCCCAGGCCAUGGUGGUGACUUUGCGCCUCCGUCUGGACCUCCUCCGAGCCAUCAUGGUGGGGGUGAUUUUGCUCCUCCUUCCGGACCACCUCCAGGUCACAACGGGGGUGACUUUGCCCCCCCCUCCGGACCUCCUCCUGGACGCGGUGACCCGAGCUGGAUAGCACCACCUCCGGGGCCACCGCCGUCCGAGAACAAGCCGAAACAUGACUGGGAAUCCCUCGUUCCAGAUACCUCACUCUUCCCGCCGCCACCAAGCUUCUUCUCCGGCUUUGACCGCUCACCAGCGCACAACGCAACCGAAGUCGAGGCCGAGGCGGGCGAGGCCUGGUGUCAUGCCCACCCGCUCCACCGGCCUAUCAAUCUGGACGGCCCGGCGGUCACGGCGCUGCGACAACACAACCCGCGGCUGAUGCAGCCCGACGGGUUUCGCGGGAGCUUGGUGUUUACGGGACCGGGGCGGUGGACGGUCAAGACGGAGUCGGCGGCUCGGGAUUCGACAAUCAUCGCCUACCCCCCCCUCUACGCCGUCACCCAACAACACAACAACCCCUCCCCCACAACAACAAUCUACUACGAAAUCCAACUCCACCCAUCCCCCGCCAACCCCGGCGUCGGCGACAUCUGCAUCGCCCUAGGCUUCACCGCCCUACCCUACCCGUCCUUCCGCAUGCCCGGCUGGCACCGCGGUUCCCUGGCCGUGCACGGCGACGACGGCCACCGGUUCACGAAUGAUCGCUGGGGUGGGAAGGAGUUGACGAAGCCUUUUCGGGCGGGGGAGAGGUUGGGUUUGGGUAUGACGUUUCGACGUUCGCAUGCGCAGUCGUAUUCUGGUGGGAAUGGGAGAAGGGCGGUGGAGGUCGAGGUGUUUUUGACCAGGCAGGGGCGCGAGGAGAGACGGUGGGAUUUGCAUGAGGAGACGGAUAAUGAGCAGGAUUUGCCGGUUACGGGACUGGAGGGGGAGCAUGAUCUGAGUUGUGCUGUGGGGACGAGUGGGAAGACGGGGUUUGAUGUGUUGCUGGAUCCGAGGGCGUGGAUGUUUCGGCCGGAGGGGUAUUAA